AUGAACGAGAAGGAGGAGCGGGCAAUCGAAAAGCUCGGCACUGAAGCGCAGACCUCUUUCGGGUAUCUUGUUUCAGACGAGAAAUCAAGCACAACAAGAGCCCCCGAGUCGUUGGAUGCAAAGCAGACCAAGUCCCUCGAUGUCACGAAAUCUUCACCCAAAUGGGUCCACUUUGUUGCCGGCGGUAUUGGCGGUAUGGUCGGUGCCAUCGCUACGUGUCCCCUAGACGUGGUGAAGACCAGACUUCAAUCUGAUGUGUACAACCAAAGCUACAACAAGGCGCCUAAAUCUAGCAAUCCUUUGAUCAAGGGAGCACAGCACUUCUCCGAGACAUGUGGCGUUAUUGGUCAGAUAUACAAAAACGAGGGUGGCAGAGCACUUUUCAGAGGAUUGGGUCCAAACUUGGUUGGUGUGAUUCCUGCAAGGUCCAUCAACUUUUUCACCUAUGGCGCUACCAAGGAGUUGGUUUCCAAGAACUUCAAUAACGGCAACGAAGCGACCUGGAUCCAUCUUGUUGCCGGUAUCAACGCUGGCUUUGUCACGUCGACAGCAACCAACCCAAUCUGGAUGAUCAAGACUAGACUACAACUUGACAAGACAAAAGGCAAGCACUACAAGAACUCGUGGGAUUGCCUUCGAUACAUCCUCAAAACAGAGGGAUUCACCAGUUUAUACAAGGGUUUGAGUGCAUCCUAUCUCGGUGGUAUUGAGUCCACUAUACAAUGGGUCUUGUACGAACAGAUGAAGCUGUUCUUGAAUCGCAAGUCCUUGGAGAGACACGGUCUCGACCAGUCAAAAAAGAGCACGAGCGACCACAUUUACGAGUGGUGUGCUCGUUCAGGCGCUGCCGGUGCAGCCAAAUUCUUCGCUUCCCUCAUGACAUACCCACAUGAAGUUGUUCGUACUAGAUUGAGACAGGCUCCUUUGGAGGCCACAGGAAAGCCCAAGUAUACCGGGCUUGUCCAGUGUUUCCGCUUGAUCAUCAAGGAAGAAGGAUUUGUCAGUAUGUACGGAGGCUUGACUCCACACUUGCUCCGGACGGUGCCCAAUUCGAUCAUCAUGUUCGGCACCUGGGAGCUUGUUGUGCGCUUCUUGUCGCUGAGCUAG